AUGGCGACCGAAGAGAAAGAAAUCGACUACACCCUCAACAACCCCGACACGCUCACCAAGUACAAGACGGCCGCCCAGAUCUCGGAGAAGGUGCUUGCCGAGGUGUCCAAGCUCUGCGUUGCUGGCAGCAAGAUUGUCGACAUCUGCGAGAAGGGUGACAAGUUGAUUGAGGAGGAGAUUGCCAAGGUCUACCGCGGCAAGAAGAUUACCAAGGGAUUUUCGCACCCUACUACCGUCUCUCCUGCCGCAUUCGUCACUCCUUACACCCCCCUGAGAUCCGACGAGAAGGAGGCCGCGGUGGAGAUCCAGCCCGGCGAGCCCAUCAAGAUUCAGCUGGGAGCUCAGAUUGACGGCUUUGGCUCCAUCGUUUGCGAUACCAUUCUGGCCCCGAAGCCCGGCGAGACGCGCGAUGUCAUUGAAGGGCGUGAUGCCGACCUCCUGCUAGCUACGCAUUAUGCCAAUGAGCUUCUCCUGCGGCUGAUGCUGCCGCCCGGACUGCUGGCCACUGGCACCGACGAGGAGAAGGCGAAGGCGGCUGCGGCCAAGCCUCCCUCUCAGUCCAAGAUCACUAGCCUGCUAGAGAAGGUGGUCAAGUCGUACGACUGCAACCUUGUCGAGAGCACGACUUCGUGGCUCUUUGACAGAAACGAAAUCGAGGGGAAGAAGAAGAUCGUCAUUGCCCCUGGCGAGAAUACCAAGGGCGAGGGAUCUCCGGAGGUUGGUGAGGUCUGGGGCGUCGAGAUAGGCGUCAGUCUUGGAUCAGGCAAGAUCAAGCAGUUCGAGCAGCGGACCACGUUGCAUCGCCGCACCGCCAACACGUAUGCUCUGAAACGGCCCACCUCGCGCAAGAUUCUGUCCGAGGUGCAGAAGAAGUUCGGCACCUUCCCCUUCAGCUUACGCCAGCUCGAGGACGAGCGUGAUGCAAAAUCUGGCGUCAUUGAGUGCGUCCGCGGCAAUGUUUUCCGCCAGUAUGAGGUUACAGGCGACAAGGACAACUCUCCUGUAGCCAGGCUACUGACCACCAUUGCCAUAACCAAGAACGGCAUCACUAAGCUGGGUGGGCCGCCUGCCUUGGAUCUGAGCAAGUUGAAGACAGACAAGAAGAUUGAGGAUGAGGAGAUCCUCAAGAUCUUGGAGCAGCCGCUCUCCCGCAACACGGGUAAGAGCAAGAACAAGAAAAAAAAGAAGCCAGCCAAGAAAGCAGCAGCGAAGGAGGAGGAGGAUGAGGACGAUGAUGAUAGCGAUGAUGAGUAG